GCCGUCUGGACGUCCUGUCUGUGUCGCCCCCAUGCCCCUGCUCCUCCUGUCUGUAUUCCUGCCUCUGUUUCUUCCUUUCCUUCGGUGUCCCUGUCACUCUGACUGUGUGGGGUAGGGGGAGGCAGAUUGGGUGAACUGCGCUCCCUACCGUGGGGCUGUGCUCUGAGUCCAGCGUCCCCUCACCCGCCUGGGGACUCUGAUGGACUCUGCCCCUUUCACAGUGCAGGGUGCCAGGCGCUAGGGCCAGAUUCCAGAGUCGGGAGGGCAUUCCAGUGGUGGACAGCCUGGCCAAAGGUGUGACGAUGGGCAUGCGUGUGGCUUCUGACUGGUCCAGGCAGCUGGAAGAGUCAUGGCCAGGCCCACCCAGACUGGCCACCUGGGAGCUCCUCAGUGCCCUGAAGCUUUGGCCUCAGUUUUGUCAGCUGUGAAUUGGGACUGUAGCUGCCAAGGGCGGAUGGACACGUUCAGCACCAAGAGCCUGGCCCUGCAGGCGCAGAAGAAGCUGCUGGGCAAGAUGGCGUCCAAGGCCACGGUGGCCGUGUUCAUCGAUGACGCGAGCGGCGAGGUGCUGGACGAGCUGUACCGCGCCACCAAGGAGUUCACCCGCAGCCGCAAGGAGGCCCAGAGGAUGGUCAAGAACCUGGUCAAGGUGGCCGUGAAGCUGGGCGUCCUGCUCCGCGGCGGCCAGCUGGGCGGCGAGGAGCUGGCGCUGCUGCAGCGCUUCCGCCAGGGGGCGCGCCGCCUCGCCAUGACGGCCGUCAGCUUCCACCAGGUGGACUUCACCUUCGACCGGCGCGUGCUGGCCGCCGGCCUGCACGAGUGCCGGGACCUGCUGCACCAGGCCGUGGGCGCGCACCUGACCGCCAAGUCCCACGGCCGCAUCAACCACGUCUUCGGCCACUUGGCCGACUGCGACUUCCUGGCCGCGCUCUACGGCCCCACCGAGCCCUACCGCUCGCACCUGCGCCGGAUCUGCGAGGGCCUCACCCGGAUGCUGGACGAGGACAGCAUAUGACCUCCGGCCCGGGGGUUUCCUGAGGGGGGAGGGGGGGUGGGGGUCGUUCUGGAACCUCUUUUCUCCCGCCCGAUUCUGGCCAAAUCCCCGGGACAGGCGCCCUUCC